AUGCCUCGUAAGGGCGUGUCAUUGCAAGAGAAGCGCGAGCGCAUCCUCCGCAUAUAUCAUGAGUCCAAGGAGGUCUUUAAUUUAAAAGAAGUGGAGAAGCUCGGCUCUAAAGCUGGAGUUGUAUUGCAAACGGUUAAGGAUGUUAACCAGGCGCUGGUUGACGAUGCAUUGGUGGAUUGCGACAAGAUCGGAUCCGGUAACUACUUUUGGUCGUUUCCAUCCAAAUUGUCGCAGUCGCGAAAGCGCAAGCUUAGCGAAUUAGAGCAAUGCCGACAAGCUAGACAGGAGAAAUUAGAUCGAGUGAAGGAAAAGAUUGAAGAGCAACAAGCGCUGCGCUCCGACUCGGACGAACGUAUACAAAAGCUGAAGAGACUGGAGGAGCUGAAAGUCAAAGUGGAAUCACUGCGUAACACAAUGCAGCACUUGGCGGAGAACGAUCCCGCGAUUUUGGAAGACCUUGAAUGCAAAGUGGGGAUAGCGAAAGAAGGCGCUGACAGAUGGACAGACAAUGUGUUUACAUUGAAGUCGUGGGUGGUGAAAAAGCGCGGUGUUGAGGGUAAAGAGGUGAACAAAUGGCUGGAGAUUCAAGACGAUUUUGACUACGUAGAGUAA